AGAUUCCAUGGAAACUUGUUCAUCAUGGCAAUCCUUAAAUAAGGAAAGAAAUCACAUCCUGUAGAUCUUGUGAUUUUUAACACAAUCCAAGUAAUACUUUUCAUCAUAUCUGUACAAUUAUUGUCUAGCAUUAUAGGUCAUUAAACUGGAAUUCUGCCAUGGAAAUCAUUCCAUUCUUUUCUAUCAUCCUCUUCCUAUCUUCUCCAAAAAACCCAUUUCUGGAUCAUACACACACACACCAUUCUGGUAACUCUAUAUAGGAAAGCUAGAAAUUAGUUUCAUGGAGUUUGGAGCAACAAGUAGGAAGAAAAACAAAAUGGUAAAUGGGAAUCAGAAAUUCAGAACAGAAAUAACUGCAUUAGUUGUAGAUGAUGAUACCACCAAUCGAACCAUUCACCGCAGGCUGUUGCAAAAUCUUGGCAUAGAAAACCAGGAGGUGAGGAAUGGAAAGGAAGCCAUUGAUAUCCAUUCCUCAGGCAGAAAUUUUGACCUUAUUCUCAUGGACAUGGACAUGCCUAUCAUGAAUGGCAUUGAGGCAACUAAGCAACUCCGUGCCAUGGGAAUACGUAGCACCAUUGUUGGGGUAUCUACUCGUUCCAUGGAAGAAAAAGUGCAAGAAUUCAUGGAAGCUGGUUUGGAUGAUUAUCAAGAGAAGCCGCUGACAAGUGCUAAGCUCAUUUCCAUCCUCCAUAAGAUGAACCAUAAUGGUUCAGUAUAGUUUCAUAGAUUAGGAGUUUAGGACAUAAAUGCAUAAGGAUUAAUAAACUUUACCCUUUGCUCCAUGUAUUAUGAAUAUGAUCAUGUACUAUAGGCUAAUAUAAUAUACAUGAUUUUUGAGAUAUUAUUACUUA